UCAAUACACACCUCGAAAACAUACAUUUCACGCGAGGGAAAACGAGACAGGGUCAGGGACAGAGGUCAGAGAGGCUAUUAAUGUCGGCUAUUGAACUUCUGUGUGCAUGGGCAUGGCAGACUAACAUAUGGACAGUAAGGGAGAAGAAGAGCUAGCACCAUUCUGGACUACCGAAGAUUAUGUCUUGAUAGACCAUUCCUUGUCCUACGUUUUCAUCUAGUUGUGUGGGUCUGAGAGGACUUUGAAAAAAAAAAAAAAAAAAUCAGUCGAUAGUUCACUGUGUACAAGUCAGCUUCAAGCGUUGGUGACAGGUUUACAAUCAGCCUGCUUAUGUUGGUUUGUGACCAGAUAUUGUGUUGACUUUUUUCGGGAAGGACUGGUAAUUGCUCCUGAGAAAAAAACCCGUGAAAAAAAAACAUUUUUAAUGAGGCUUUGGCUUGAAUAUCGCGAAAGUGUUAAAAACACUUUCAGAUAAGCCUUUGAAUAAAAAAGUUUAACAAUCGAAAUUUUGCGUGAGUGCAAAAUUGAUGUUGCUUCUCUGGACAAGUUGAAAACCCAAACAUUUGGUGCACGCCUGAAGAUGUUGGGCAUUUUGAGCGACCACCCCAACAGUAUUUUAUAAGAUCACCACAAGCUGUGUUGCAAGAACAAAAUUUUUUUUGCAUACUAUUGGUUUUUUAAAAUGUUGCGCUUCUGAUGUCAGAAAUUGCAUCGUUAUUCUAAAGUUAUCUCAGAGUCUCUCUCCUGCAAUCCCUAGAGUCUCUGUUGACAUCAAGGUGAGAGUGGCAGGUGAAUGGCGAAGCAUCAUCAUCAUCAUCUAUGCAUGCCGGAGCUCCCGGUUAAAUAUGUUUUCGGAGUCGUGGCAGUAGUCAGCAUUAUCUCCUUGGCUGUAACAAUGAAAUAUAAAGUCGCCAGCAUAGUUCCCACCAUUCAAGACUCUUCGUUUAAGUUCUCAUUCGCGUUGAGGCGACAGACGACCACUUCAUCUUGGACAGCAGAAGACCAAAUGGACAACAAGUCUCUGAGGUACAAACCAAGUCCUUACCUGCCAUUGAAUCUCUCUGUUACGACCAUGGCUACCAAAAAUGUCGGGACACAGGACUUUGAAGACUGGCUUCCUCCCAACAGCGAAACGAAUCAAACAUGUUUGGAGACGCCAAAUGGAUCCUGGAUCCACAUCUAUCAGAGUGCCCCUUGGCGUGCAGGUGUGAAAGACGUCGGAGCACCAUACCUCUGUGUAGGAACACCUGGUCGUCUGGGCAACAUGAUGUUUACCUUCGCCUCAGCCGUGGGCAUCGCUGCGCUGACUAAAAGGACCGUAGUAGUGCUGCCUACCUCCCCUCUCUUGCGUCACUUCCGCUUGCAAGCUCUCGUAGACUGCGACGGAUCGCGUUGCAGCGGCGAGCGGGUCGUCGGGGUCUCGGAGAAAAAGUGCUGCACUUUCGACCCAAACAUGACGUCACCACGGCCCAAGGUCCGCUCCCUGUUCAUCAGAAAAUACAUGCAGUCCUGGCGCUACUUCGCGCAGGCGGAAGCGGAUGUCAGGCGACAGAUGACGGCCUACGGCGACACGGCAGCGCGCGUAUCCGCCGUCAUUGCGCGCCUGCGGCAGGAGCUGGGCGGUACCGUCACUCUGGUGGGAGUGCACGUGCGGCAUGGCGACAUCGUGCGGGUGGCCAGGUUUCGGGAACACGGCUACCGGGUGCCUCCAGUCGGUUACUUCCUGCGGGCCAUCAGCUUCUUCGCUGCCAGGCAUCCUCGCAUCGCCUUCCUCUUCUCCACGGAUGUCAAAAGCUAUGUGCAGGACACUAUCCUACCUCUCUGUGAGCAGGUCCAGGGUGGUGGUCCUUUUUUUGGUCGUAGCGGAAACGCGUCACUAAAAAAGGCGACGUAUGUGGGCGUCAGGUGCCGUCAGAUCUCGACCGAUGACCCCGUCGUGGACCUGCUGACGCUUGCCAGCUGUGAUCACGUGAUUAUGAGUGUGGGGACGUUCGGGUGGUGGGCCGGCUGGCUGGCAGGGGGUGACGUCGUGUACUACAAUCACCCUUACCGCCCAAAGAGCACUCUCUGGAACAGCACCAAGAUGGAGGACUUUUUUCCACCAGGCUGGAUACCUAUGGCGUAAGUGUGACUCGUGGAGGACCUGCAGUUUGCGUGGACACGUGACCACUACCGGCCAGACACAUGUAGGCAGCGGGAGUAGAUACAGGCCACAAAGAAGACGAAUAUGUUGCGUGAGAUACAUAAACACAGGGUCAUUAUGUAACUAUUCACACAUACACACAAACUUAACUAGACCUUUUUUGUUGUUUGUUUAGAUGUAACUAUGUGUGCAAUGUGUCAAUAAGUACAAUGAAAUAAAUAUAAUCGAAAUGUU